GAUCAAUCGGGAAACCAACUGGAGCUAAAAUGUGGCAUUGGCAGCACCAUUACAGUUAACACAACACAAUCAGCAGAAAAAACAACAAAAAUGACUCAGACAACUAUUCCAACGACGACCAUGACAAUAACAACAGCAAAAACAAUGUCAAUAACAACAACCUUACCAACAACUGUACCAACAACAAUAACAACAACAACGGUACCGUCGACAACAAUUACGGAAACAACAAAAAUAACAGAAAUUGCAAUUUCCACAAGUACUGAUGGUUCUGUAACUACAAACCCAAAAAAUAAACCAGAUGAUACAGAUAAUGAUGACACAACAGUCUUAGGAGUAGGUGCAUCGGUCGGAGGACUUGUCAUCAUCAUAGUUGUUAUUGCUGUGAUCUAUAUCUAUAGACGUAACCACUCAAAAUCAGCAUCCAAACCAGCAUCUAAAGAAGGUCUGGCAGUUAAUAAUGAUAACGAUGAUUAUGGUUUGCGUGAAAAUGUCCUAUAUAUUCCGGCUGAUUCCACUCCAUUGCAAACCAACGACAAUUGGCAAAAUACACACAGGAUAUCAGUUGAUAUCGAUGGUAAUUACAGUACUGUAGAUUUGGAUGAAAUACCAUCAGUCGAAGAAUCAACUGGAGAUUAUAGUUCAAUUGAACUGAAAAAACGGACACCAUCAAAGUCGAAUUUGAACAGGUCAAAAAAUGAUAAACCAAUCAUUGCGUCAAAGCCAAAACAAAAUGUGACCAUUAAAGAUGAUGUGUACUCUGUCCCAGAUAAGAAAAGGGUGAAGCAUGUUGCAGCACCUGGUGAAAAUGGGUGUGAAUAUGCUGUUGUCAGCAAACCAAACAAAUCGAACGUUGAUAAAAGUAAAGACCAAGCCUCAACGAGUAAUGUGUAUGCAGUUGUAGCAAAAACGAAACGCUUAUCUAACGAAAAGGGAACAAAUCAGAAAAGAGAUAGCUUAACAUCCGAAAACGACAAAGAAACUGACCGAUCAUCAAAAAGUUGAAUACUCAGUACUUGUUAUUAUGAAAUAGAACAUUUUACAAUUUUAUUGAUUGUUGUGUUAACCUU